AUCAGGCGCAGGUGCGUGGAUUCCACGAUACGGCGCAGCUGAGCCGUCCCAUGUUUAUGACCGGACACUGACGCAUUUGCUGCCAAACAGAGAAACUACACGGAUUGAGGAUAUUGCAGCUGAUUUUUUUUUCUCACGGGACGGGAUGCAUGUUGCAAUGGGAGCCUGUCCGCUACUCACCCUCUUGCAGAAUCCGAAUUCAGGAGAAUUGAAUUGAUUCGGAGACAUUUGUGCGGAAUUUGACCGCCGUGUCAUUGCCCAGCACCAGUUUUCCUUCUUAGCGGCGGAGACAAGAAAGAGGGGAAGAAACUGUCCGCUUCACUACUCUUCAUCAGCGCCGAAAUGAGGACCACAUCCCGGCUGUGCUCCGUGUGAAGAAGAGGCAAAAGCGGAGCGACAGUUUAGUCUUUCUUUCUUAUUUUCUCUCAAGGACGCAAAAAUAAAAGUGGCCGCCGGGCUGAGCUGCGAACAUCAUGGAGCGGGACGACACCGACACCGUGAGCACGUCCAAAAAGACAAUAAUCGCCAAGAUCUUUAAAGUUCGUAAGAGGAGGGAGAUGCUUUUCGUGCAGGUGUGCUUCAUCUGCAGUGUCCUCUUCGUGGCGUGGAGCAUGUCUGCGCUGUUGACCAAGACAGGCCAUGGGAUGAUAGUGGAGGGACAUCCGGACCCUGAGCACUGGGGGAGACGGCUAAUGGCUUCAGCGUCAGAGAACGAAACGGAGCCUAAGAACUGUUCAACACCAGCAAUACACGAGUUCCCCGAUGACCUUUUCACCAGCCAGGAACGAAAGAGUGGUGCCGUUCUGCUGCACAUUGUGGCGACGCUCUACAUGUUUCUGGCUCUUGCAAUAACAUGUGACGAAUACUUUGUGACGGCGCUGGAGAAGAUCUGUGAGAAAUUAGACCUGAGUGAAGAUGUUGCAGGAGCCACCUUCAUGGCUGCCGGCAGCUCUGCACCGGAGCUUUUUGCCUCUGUGAUUGGUGUCUUCAUCACCCACGGCGAUGUGGGGGUGGGGACCAUCGUUGGCUCAGCCGUCUUCAACAUCCUCUGCAUCAUCGGUGUGUGCGGGAUCUUUGCCGGACAGGUGGUGAUUUUGACCUGGUGGGCAGUCUUCAGGGAUUCAUUCUACUACACCAUCUCUGUUGUGGCUUUGAUUGCAUUCAUCUACGAUGAGAAGAUAGUUUGGUGGGAGAGUUUGGUGCUGGUGGUCUUGUAUGCUGGCUACAUCCUGGUCAUGAAAUUUAAUUCCAGCAUGCAGAGGUUUUUCAUGGGGAAGUCCAAGAAGAACGUGGCCAACGGUAACGCCGCAGCCAGCAGUGAGAUGGAGGAUGUCAAGCCCAGCAAAGCUUACAGCCGUGGAUCUGUGGUGAUGGUGGACGAGAUCAUGAACGCCAGCCCCUCCAAGUUCAGGUUCCCAGAAGCCGGUCUCCGUGUCAUGGUCACUAGCCAUUUUGGACCCAAGACCCGUCUGCGCAUGGCCAGUCGCCUCAUCAUUACAGAGCGCCAGAAGUUGGUUCAAGCCGCCAAUGGAGUGGAGACACAAGUUGUUGACGGGAAGGUUGAAAUUGAGAAUGGGAACGUGCCAGAGGACAAACCAACCGAGCCGGAGGAGAACGACACCAUCUCUCCGUUUCAUAUUCCAAGGGGUAUUGGCAGUAAACUGAAGUGGCUCCUCUCAUGGCCUCUGCUCCUGCUGUUGUACUUAACCAUUCCAAACUGUGCCAAGCCGCGCUGGGAGAAAUACUUCAUGCUGUCCUUCAUCCUCUCUACUGUCUGGAUCGCCGUCUUCUCCUACUUAAUGGUCUGGAUGGUCACUAUAAUCGGCUACACUUUGGGGAUCCCUGAUGUCAUCAUGGGCAUCACUUUCCUGGCAGCAGGCACCAGCGUCCCAGACUGCAUAGCCAGUCUAAUCGUGGCUCGGCAAGGUUUAGGAGACAUGGCAGUGUCCAACACUAUCGGCAGUAAUGUGUUCGACAUCCUGGUGGGACUGGGGGUUCCCUGGGCGAUACAGACGAUGUGCGUCAGCUAUGGAUCGGUGGUGAUGAUCAACAGUCGGGGUCUGGUGUACUCUGUGGUGCUGCUGCUGGGCUCUGUGGCUCUCACGGUGUUGGGGAUCCACCUGAACAAAUGGAGGCUCGACGUGAAGCUGGGUGCGUACGUCCUCAUCCUCUACGCCGUCUUCCUCUGCUUCUCCAUCAUGAUCGAGUACAACGUCUUCACCUUCGUCAACCUGCCCAUGUGCAUGGAGGAGUAGAGCACAGCAGCAUGCCUCGGAUACCAAAACCUCAACUUUUCCCCCCCAUAGGAAACCCCAAUGUAUUUUUUUCAAUAAGACUGGACCUAUGAGGAGACUCUUUCUCCUAUCUUGCGCUCUCUCUCCUGUAAUCCUUUUCGUCUCGAGUAUGACACUCAUUUCCUCAAGAGGCGGUGCAAGCUGUAAGAGUGGACUCCGUUCUACGUCUCAAAUUUGUCCUCUUGUCACACAGUGCCAGUCCUUAAUGCCUGUUAUUCAGGGCAUUGCCUGUUAUUGCAGUAACGUCUUUAUUUCCUCUGUGGGCCUGUUAACUUUCUACCCAUCUAGCAUGCCUUUAGAUGUCGGGGACCUCCAGAAUCAUAAGUGCCCCUGUUGAGUGUUGGUGUGUGUCUUCACUGUUUUGACAUUGUAGAUUACCACACCAUUUUUUCCAAAGCUUUUCUUUCCACAAACCAAACCUGCGAGUCUGUGAAGAAGAAAAUAAUCUCAUAAUCCAACCAAAACUUCCACAAAGAGAGACUUCUCCUUAAAAUCAUUCCUAAAAGAAUUACCCCAGCACCCAAAAAUGUACCCUUUUUUUUUUUUUUUUUUUUUUUUUUUUGUGGAGGAGGGUUUUGUCCUCGGCAGCUCCCCUCCUCCAGCCUGGACCCAACUCCCCCUGGCAUGGCCUUUGGCAUCAGGGAGCAGAAACUGUUAGCGCUUCUCUUCACUCCUCAACCCUCAUCUGCUUUAUCAAAUCUGCUUUUAUUUCUUAAAAAAAGACAUUUUGUGGCACUUGGUGCCAGACGUGUCACAGUCCGGAUCAGGUGACUGUGAGGGUGUUAUGCAUAUGCAGCACGGCACAAUGUAAACUUGUAAACACUUUUUUUUGUUGUUUAUUUUGUAUUUAUUUUUUCAAAACAAGGUUUUGUCUAGUAUGAGGAGAGCUUGUUGCAAAUAUAAGACAUUGCCUGUUUUUUCACUGAAACAAAUUGCACAUGGAAAUGCUUUUUCUUGCUUUGUGCUGUAAGGAGAUUUGACCACUCAGAGGGGCGUCUGGCUGGUUGUGGCGACCUCCACUCCGGCUUUGUUUUUUUUCAGUCAGUGAUGGGUCAGUCUACUUUUCCCUUCGCACAACUUGAGAACAAAAUCAAACAAAACUGGCUCCAGAUCUGUUGGACGCAUCUGAUUAUUUUUGUCAUCAUCAGGUGGCUUGUUCUCGUCUUGAGACAGCUCACAGCACGGAGGAAGUUGUUCGACAUAUAAAUGCAAAGAAACCGGACAGUUCUCAACACUGACUGUCUGCUAUACCACUCUCUGGCCAGUAGGAGGCACUGCAGCCUCUCUACCAAGGCCAAGGGUGCCAACCACAGCUGUCGGUUAUCAGGGAAACUCUGAGGUGUCUAUGGAGAUGGUCUCUUGAUUUUGAGUUACAUGUAGAUAUUGCACUUUAACAGCCGUCCUCUCAUUCUGAAUCAACUAGUGCUUCCUUCUGUGCGUGUGUAUUUUCAGUAUAUAUGUGUGUAAGAGAGAAAAUAGUGCGUUUGUGAGUGCGUGUGCGUUCAAAGUGGGCCCACGCUACGUUUUUCUCACUCCAGGCUCUUCAAAACAGACUGGAAACUUGUUACCACCAUGAGCACACCCCGCCUCUGUCUGUCUGUCUUUCUGCAGUGCAUGCUGGGACUUUUAAAAACGCAGCUCCCUCCACAGCACAGCGGAGAAAAAAAAAAAGUCUGAGGGCUUCAGGGCGCCUCUACGGAAUGCCCGGCCCACUUUUACAAAAUCGGCAGCUACGAGCACUGCAAUCCAAGACAUUUGACAUCAUGCAAAAAUGCCUGCGAGGAGUCCACAAGUGAGGGGCAGAGACUUCAGACUGGAACAUUUUGCGUAGGGAGUGUUUUACGUGUUGAAACUAUUCCUCUGCCACGCCGUCGGCAGCAGGCUCUUGUAUAUGCAAUCUCAAUUUAAAGAAUUCUAUGUGACUGGAAGCCCCCCGCCGCAAGGUUGCCAUAAAAGACGGAGGGGGGAUCCCGUGGAGAUGUGACGUUGGUUUGUCUAGUAGUACUUGAUGUGUGAGCUCACAGGUGUGCGUUUUAAUGAACUGAGCCCAAAGCAUGGACUCUUUCUGGACCAGCUGCUUCAAGAAGUCUGGUGUCCCCUCCUGCACAUACUCCUUUCCCCUACUUUUUCUCUACUCUCGUCCUCUCUUGCACAAGGGCAUUAACUCUCCGUCGACCCAAGCUGAAGGAGCAGAGGGGCAGCAGGGAACACACCACCCUUGGGAGGAAACACCUGGAUGAGAGCAGACUUCAAGGAAUUUUAAAAAAAGACGGACCCCCUUAAGCUGCUACUCUAUGAGGGCUGUGUUUACUGGAUGGAGGUGACCACACAGGGACAUCUUUGUACACCGCCCUUCCUCCUUUUUGAACCUUUUCAGUGGGUUUUCUGUGCAUACAGGACCUAAUUUUUGAUGCUUUUUAUGGGAGGGAGGCAUGUCUGUGCUGCUCUUGAGUUGAUUCAGAAUGUGCAGUGUCACGGUUUGAGAUUUAUUUCGGUGUAUAUUUCUGUUUUUGCUCUUGUGUGGUCAUGUCCCGUUUGCCAGGUUUGACAGGAAAACACCACAGCAGGGGAAAAAAAAAUCCUCUCCUCUUUUUCUUGUCCUCAUCGGUUGUCUGACUCGCAUCUUUGUUACCGAAACACUUUUUUGAAAGAGGAAAAAAAACAUCUAGAACUCAAAUGCCAUACUUGUUGUAGCUCUGCAUUAAUUCAGAUUGUAUGGAAAAAUCCCGUGUACAAAAUAAGCGCACACACUUUAGAAAACAUGUUAGAAAUGGCAAUUGAACAUGAGAAGACUAGUAUGUAUUUCUUGAUUGAAUGCGACCUGAUGCACUGUGAGCUCAAUGUGACGUGGGAGUUGUUUGUCAAGAAUAACAAAUGAUUAAAAAAUAUAUUUAAUGUAAAGUUAGUUACUAUAAAACAUUACUGAGGACAUCUGUAUAACUUAUAUGAAUGUAUUGUCUUGCUAUACUGGACAUAUCCAACCAAUGCAUUUUACUGUAAAGCAAUAAUGUGAAGAAAAAAAUAAAAUGGCAAAAUAAUUCCUGUA